AUGGUGGUCGUAAGGCUGCAAAUCAGCACAGACGAGAUGCUGUUUGGGUUCUUUGUGUUGUCUGUUGGCUGUUUCCUGGACAUGGGAUCGUGUACUGCAGUGCCAACAGAGCUGAGAAUCACAACAAUAAAGCAAGAGCCAUAUACAGUUUCCAAGGGCUCACAACUGGAAGGCUUUUGUAUGGACCUGCUGUCGGAAGUAGCCAAGAAACUGGGCUUCAAGUACAGAGUGCAGCUGGUGAAGGAUGGUUCGUAUGGCCGGCAGGACGACAACAGCAACUGGAAUGGGAUGAUUGGAGAGGUGGUGAGAGGGGAAGCAGACCUUGCAAUCGCUCCACUGACUCUCACAGCAGCGCGAGAGAAAGCUGUGGGCAUGACCAAACCAUUCAUGCAGACAGGAAUCAGCAUCCUGCUGAGGAAGGACAUCUCAGAGGAAUCAGGCCUCUUCGAUUUCCUCUCCCCCUUUACAGCCGAGACCUGGGUCGGCAUCCUCCUUGCCUAUCUGGGGACAGCUGCAAGCAUCUUUAUAGUCACCAGACUCAGUCCAUGUGAGUGGAGUCAGCCUCAGACUGAAGAGAACAGAUUCAGCCUCCUCCACAGUCUGUGGUACACAGCUGGAGCUCUGACUCUUCAAGGUGUUGGUCCUCACCCCAGAGCUCCGUCGGGACGUGUUGUCUGCUGCAGCUGGUGGUUAUUCACCCUCGUCCUCCUGUCCUGUUAUUUCUCCAACCUCAGCUCCCCUAAGAGCCAGGAGUCCACUCAGCAGAUGGUGAAAGGGUUUGAGGACUUGGCCAAUCAGGACACGAUGGAGUAUGGCUGCCUGGCUGGAUCGUCCACCCUUGCCUUCUUUAAGAAUUCAAACAACCCAGUGUAUCGGAGAAUCUAUGAGCACAUGGAGAGAACUAAGAGUUUUGUGUCUUCGAUGGACGAAGGGGUCCGGCGAGCAAAAGAGGGCAACUUUGCUUUUAUUGGAGAGUCUGUCUCCCUGGACUUGGCAGUAGCACGUCAUUGUGAACUGGUCCGAGCUCAUGAAGUCAUCGGGAUGAGAGGAUACAGCAUUGCUACCACUCUCGGUUCCCCCUUGAUAAAGAACCUCAGUGUAGCCAUCCUUCAACUGAGUGAGGCCGGAGAGCUGGCUUACCUGCAGGGCAAGUGGUGGGCCAGCAGCUGCAUCGCAGAGAAGGCCAAGUCUUCAGCCGCUCACCAGCACAGCCUCAAGGGGAUGUUCCUGGUUCUUUCUCUGGGCUUAGGGUUGGGAGCACUGCUGGCCAUCCAGGAGCUCACCUCCAAGAGUCGCAGAAGUGCAGGGGAUCAGAGGAAGUCCUGCUGCACUGUGCUGAGUGAAGAACUGAGUCUGCGCUUGAGGACAAUCAAUGCAAACAGACCCCAGGAAAAUGUAGAAAUGGAUAAAGAAAAAGCAUAG